GUCUAAAGUUAAUUCUAGGUUCAUCUAGAUUAUUCCCAAGCCAUAUCAAUGGUAACCUAGUCAACAAAAGGCACUUCCUGACCCGAAGGCCAUAAAGUGAAACAAUAGCCCGCCAUCUGAUUUUUCCUCAACCACCAUUCCGUGGCCGUUCCCAAACUUCCACACUGCAACUGUUGGAAAGCAAGCACUCAUCAAUGGCUUCCUCCCAGGUUCCAACAAAGUUGGAUUACUACGAUGACAUGCAGAAGCUCGAAACCAAAGCCAGAGUCCUCUCCUUCAUCAAGGGCGACGAUGGAAAAGAGACGCUGAUAUUGGACGCCACGGUCUUCUAUCCGCAAGGUGGCGGCCAGCCGGCGGACACAGGUUUCAUCACCGCCGCGGACGUUGACUCUGCGACGACGACGACGACGACCUUCAAGUUCACUGUGCAAGAUGUUCGCUCGAAGGAUGGAAUCGUUUAUCACUACGGAGUCGCAGAGGGCUGCUCUGGGGAAGAUCCCAAGAAGGAAAUCAAGGAAGGGACUGAGGUGUUCUUACGUGUUGAUGAAACUAGGCGGAAGCUCAACUCAAGGCUGCAUUCAGCUGGACAUUUGUUGGAUGCUUGUCUGCCAAAUGUGGGGUUGGGGCAUCUCAAGCCAGGAAAAGCUUACCAUUUCCCUGAUGGGCCAUGGGUUGAAUAUAAAGGCACAGUUCCACAGAAUGAACUGCAGACAAAGCAGAAAGAGAUAGAGAUUGAAGCUAAUGGAUUGAUAUCUAAAGGAGGCAAAAUAAUUGCUGCUGAGAUGUCAUAUGAUGAAGCCUGUGAAUGGUGUGGAGGUUCCCUUCCUGAUUACAUUUCAAAGGGUAGCAAUCCUCGUAUUGUGAAGUUAGGGGACAACCCUGGAUGCCCUUGUGGAGGUACCCAUGUUCCUGAUAUAUCAGAUAUCGAAAGUGUUAAGGUCUCUCAGAUUCGUACCAAGAAAGGAGUCACCAAAGUGUCCUACACCGUUGAAGCUUGAUUCAUUCUGUUCCAAAAGGCUUCCUCAUCAUCUUUGACAUUGAGAUGGCCAUACUUAGCUAAGACUAUAGAUAUAGAUAUGGCAGCUUUGAUUGAUCCUUGUUGAUCGAGGAUUAGGCUCCACUUCAGGGCGAGUCAUGUAACCUGAGUGUUAGAUAACAUACCAUGAAACCAUCUUGUGGCUAUUUAAUUGUUAUAGACUUAUAGUGGUUAUAUACGUUCAUAGUUCAUAGUUUAUGAUGUGAUAAUCACCAUUGAGUAAAUAUAGCUCGCAUCGGUGUCUUAUAAAUCCAUGUGAAUUAGGCAGACUAUUUUCCUCUUAUCCAUGGUUCUGAUGAAGUUUUUCCCUUUGAAUGAUGUUAAUUGCAGACUACAUUCAGAAACUGCGUUCAUUCCGACCAACAUUUUAAUCAGAUACUCAGCUUCUCGAUGGUUAUACAAAUAAAAUUCAACAAGUAUAUGGCUAUUUCGAUCAACUUCUUUGCCACCAACUGAUAGGGCACCUUGGAAGUAAGGCUUAAUAUCCAUCGCGAUCAAUGUUCUUACAAUCAACGAGCUCUGACAUCGAUAGGCUCUGUCUGUGCCAAAUACUGAGAAGGUCUAGUUUUACGACCAGGAGUCAUGAUGGUAGAGAACAAAAUGUGGCCUAAAAAAUGCAGCAGCAAGUGCCCUAAAAUCACAUGGUAAAACACACAACAAACAAAGAUCUCUAAAGGUUUGUGGGUGUACUGAGAAAUCACGUUCUUCCUCUCUUUUCCUCUGUCCCUCCACUCUCAGCUCAUCGUACUGUCCCAGACAUUAUUGAACUGUAACAAAAGGACUUUCUGCAGAAUUUCAUUGAUGGAUUUGAGAUGAACACAGAACCAAGCAAAGCAAGAAGUGGGGGUUUACUAUCUCUUUCUCUCCACUGUGGUUUCAUGUCCCAGCACUGGCAUUCCUGUGGAUCCCAUUUGCUUGAAGAUCCAUAUGGCAUAAUUAAGAUAUUUGAAAGGCCCAUUCAUCCAAAAGCAAAACAAAGAAGAGGGGUUUGGUCCAUCCAAAAGCUUGUGACUUGUCUUCUUUCUCUUCUGCCCUUUUUUGCCCUGCCAUGAAUAUGCCUUUGGCUUUUCAGCCCCACUUCUUUCUCUGCCCUUUUUAGUCAUGUUAGCCAUUUCAAUCUAACUUAUCAUGACCUUAUCACGCGCGUUGUAACAGUAUCGUAACUUCAAAAUAUCUGAUUCGAUCUUUGAAAGAUUUUCUAUUGAUUGUUGCGAUAUUAUGUAAUGCGAUAAACAAAUAGAUAUAUACAUGUAUUGAAAGAGAGAGGAUCAAAAAAGAAUCCUAUGGAAUUGCAUAGAGAGUUGGCUCUAACUGUGUUUCAAAAGGCCAAACAGCAUUAGAUCUUUUGUUGCAAGUUGACCCUUUUUCCAGCCGACCAUCAGUUGAGUUGAGCCCCCACAAAAUUUUUUAUUUUGUUUUUGAAGCGCUUUUGGUCACAUUUGGUCUUUGGAGCCACACAACAAGCAACACACAAAAACAAAUUAGAACUAAAUGCCAAAUUAGGGUUUUAUAAAAUAUUAUUAUUAGGGUUUUUUUCAGGUCCAUUAGAUUCUGAUAAUUGCAACCUGGCCGCCGUCGUCAUCCUCCAUGCAAAUACAAUGCCCAAGUUGGAUUGACACUUGACAGAUGCGCUUGAGGACAACAAUUUCGCGGCAAUUUGACUUCGCGCGUGUGUGUGUAAUUUUGGAUCCAUUUUUAACUUUGGGAUUGCUAGUAAAUUGAUCACUUUGAACUUUGAAUGUUGUUAAAUUGGUCAUUCAGAUUUGGGGGAAUUCAGUGUUUUUAAGAUAAAAAUAUUUGAGUUUUGAAGAAAGGAGACAGAUACCGUAUUAUCCUAUCACUUUUCAAAAUUAUUAAAUAUGUUAGAAACGU